CAGCCAGCCGGCGAGGGGAGCAGCGCCGCCGCCGCCGAGCGUCGGACGACGGGGGAAGCUGGCGAGGGCCGGGCAGGGACGCGGGACGAGGCAGGGCGCCCGCCCGCCCGCGGCACCGGCCCCCCUGGAUGGCAUGUGGCUGGUCACUUGUCUCCUUCUGCUCCACUCCUGGGCCCGGCCAGUGUGCACUGAAGACGUUGGAACCAGCCUCUACUUUGUGAACGAUUCCAUCCAGCAGGUGACCUUCUCCAGCACCGUCGGAGUGGUGAUCCCAUGCCCAGCAGCCGGGUCCCCCACCGCCACCCUUCGCUGGUACCUAGCCACUGGGGAUGACAUCUACGAUGUCCCACACAUCCGCCAUGUCCACGCCAACGGGACGCUGCAGCUCUACCCAUUCUCGCCAUCUGCCUUCAAUAGCUUUAUCCACGACAACGACUAUUUCUGCACCGCAGAGAACUCUGUAGGCAAAAUCAGGAGCCCAAGUAUCCGGGUCAAAGCAGUUUUCAGGGAACCUUACACAGUUCGAGUGGAGGAUCAAAGGUCAAUGCGUGGAAAUGUGGCUGUGUUCAAGUGCCUCAUCCCUUCUUCAGUGCAAGAGUAUGUCAGUGUUGUGUCCUGGGAGAAAGACACGGUUUCUAUCAUCCCCGAAAACAGAUUUUUUAUUACAUUCUACGGAGGGCUGUACAUCUCUGACGUUCAGAAGGAAGAUGCCUUGUCCACCUACAGAUGUAUCACCAAGCACAAGCACAGCGGCGAGACCCGGCAGAGCAACGGAGCCCGUCUGUCUGUCUCAGACCCAGCAGAAUCCAUUCCUGCCAUCUUGGAUGGCUUCCAGUCCCGGGAGGUGAAGGCCGGCCAGCUGGUGGAGCUGCCCUGCAUUGCUUCUGGCUACCCGAACCCUGCCAUCCGAUGGGUCAAGGACGGUCGCCCACUACCUGCGGACAGCAGAUGGACUAAACGACUCACGGGCUUGACAAUCAGUGACCUGCGAGUGGAGGACAGUGGAACGUACAUCUGUGAAGUCACAAACACCUUUGGCUCUGCGGAGGUCACCGGGAUUCUUGCAGUGAUUGCCCAUGUGCUGUGGCCUGGGAACCUUAUGUCUGUGGUGCAGGCCCAAGGGUGUGACUGGCCACCAGGCAGGAAGGCCACGGAGGGGGAUAUAGGAAGGGAACUCCUCACACCCUCCUGUUCCUCGACCGACGUGUCUCACAGGGGAUUCUCCAACUGUGUGGAAGUUGCUGCCACGUUGCUGGCUCAGAGUCAUGAGUCGAGUCAGGUCCUAUGCAAGAGGCUGCCUGGCGCUGCCCUUGAGCACUGCUGCCUUGUGUGCCCCACCCUUGGGACUUUAAGUGAAAGGCACGGGUUUGCCGUGGGCUGGUGCAAAGAAGACGGCAAGUGGCUGUCGAGGGCCCUCCUGGACUUCAUGCCCAGUGCAUUUUGGCUGCAGAUUCCAGGGACUGAACCCGGGGUCUCUGCUUCUGAGCUGAGCCCCCAGGCCCUUCCUGACUUUGGUGAGCCCGGGAGUCUACGGGGGGCUCUAGGGGUCGUUGGGAUGGGCCGGGACCUGCCCGCUGCCCCGUGGCUGCUCCAGCUGACUUCUCGCUGUGGGUCUCUGCCAGAUGGAACCCCUCGCAUCGUCUCGCCCUUCAGCGAGAAGGUGGUGAACCCAGGAGAGCAGUUCUCCCUGAUGUGUGCCGCCAAGGGGGCCCCCCCGCCCACCAUCACCUGGGCCCUGGACGACGAGCCCAUCCAGAGAGACAGCAGCCACCGCACCAACCAGUACACCAUGUCCGAUGGCACAACCGUCAGCCACAUGAACGUGACCAGCCCACACAUCAAGGACGGAGGGGUCUAUCGCUGUGCCGCGCGGAACUCAGUGGGCAGCGCCGAAUACCAAGCGCGAAUAAACGUAAGAGGGCCCCCCAGCAUCCGCGCAAUGAAGAACAUCACAGCCGUGGCCGGGCGGGACACCUUCAUCAACUGCAGGGUCAUCGGCUACCCGUACUACUCCAUCAAAUGGUACAAGGACUCUCUGCUGCUGCCGGACAACCACCGGCAGGUGGUCUUUGAGAACGGCACCCUCAAGCUGAUGGACGUCCAGAAGGGCAUGGACGAGGGGGAGUACCUGUGCAGUGUCCUCAUCCAGCCGCAGCUCUCCAUCAGCCAGAGCGUCCAUGUCACCGUCAAAGUGCCUCCCCUGAUCCAGCCCUUCGAGUUCCCUCCGGCCUCCAUCGGGCAGCUCCUCUACAUCCCGUGCGUCGUCUCCUCGGGAGACAUGCCCAUCCGCAUCACCUGGAGGAAGGACGGGCAGGUCAUCAUCUCUGGCUCCGGCAUCACCAUCGAGAGCAAGGAAUUCAUGAGCUCCUUGCAGAUCUCCAGCGUCUCCCUCAAGCACAACGGCAACUACACUUGUAUUGCCAGCAACGACGCUGCUACCGUCAGCUUACCCAGCGGCAGCUCAUGUCGUAAGCUUGAGGUGAGGGGGGAGCCAAGGCAGGUCCCUCCUCGCUUUGUGGUGCAGCCCAACAAUCAGGACGGAAUCUAUGGGAAAGCAGGAGUGCUGAACUGCUCUGUGGAUGGCUACCCUCCCCCAAAGGUCAUGUGGAAGCAUGCCAAAGGCAGUGGAAACCCCCAGCAGUACCAUCCAGUCCCCCUCACUGGCCGCAUCCAGAUCUUACCCAACAGUUCCCUGCUGAUUCGACAUGUUUUGGAAGAGGAUAUUGGCUACUAUCUGUGCCAGGCAAGCAACGGAGUCGGGACAGACAUCAGCAAGUCCAUGUUCCUUACUGUGAAGAUCCCUGCCAUGGUCACCUCCCACCCCAACACCACCAUCGCCAUCAAGGGGCAGGCCAAGGAGCUGAACUGCACGGCCCGGGGCGAGCGGCCCAUCAUCAUCCGCUGGGAGAAAGGGGACACGGUCAUCGACCCCGACCGGAAUGUCCGCUACUCCAUCACCACCAAGGACAACGGGGACGAGGUCAUCUCCACGCUCAAGCUGAAGCCAGCCGACCGCGGGGACUCCGUUUUCUUCUCAUGCCAUGCCAUCAACUCCUACGGAGAAGACCGAGGUCUCAUCCAGCUCACUGUCCAAGAGCCCCCAGACCCUCCAGAGCUGGAGAUCCGGGAAGUGAAGGCUCGCAGCAUGAAUUUGCGCUGGACACAAAGAUUUGACGGCAACAGCAUCAUCACUGGCUUUGACAUCGAGUACAAGAACAAGUCGGACUCUUGGGACUUCAAGCAGUCCACACGCAACAUCUCUCCAACCAUCAACCAGGCCAACAUCGUUGACCUCCACCCCGCCUCUGUCUACAGCAUCCGCAUGUACUCGUUCAACAAGAUUGGCCGCAGCGAGCCCAGCAAAGAGCUCACCAUCAGCACAGAGGAAGCAGCUCCGGACGGGCCCCCGAUGGACGUCACCUUGCAGCCCAUAACUUCUCAGAGCAUUCAAGUCACAUGGAAGGCCCCUAAAAAGGAGCUCCAGAACGGGGUGAUCCGAGGCUACCAAAUUGGCUAUCGGGAAAACAGUCCUGGAAGUAACGGGCAGUACAGCAUCGUGGAGAUGAAGGCCACUGGAGACAACGAGGUCUACACCCUGGACAAUCUGAAGAAAUUCGCCCAGUAUGGGGUAGUGGUGCAGGCCUUCAAUCGGGCUGGCACGGGCCCCUCGUCCAGUGAGAUCAACGCCACGACCUUGGAGGAUGUACCUAGCCAGCCCCCAGAAAACGUGAGGGCCUUGUCCAUCACCUCUGAUGUGGCCGUCAUCUCGUGGUCUGAGCCUCCUCGGAGCACCCUCAAUGGCGUCCUGAAGGGCUACCGCAUCAUCUUCUGGUCCCUCUACGUGGAUGGAGAGUGGGGGGAGAUGCAGAAUAUCACCACUACCCGGGAGCGAGUGGAGCUGCGCGGCAUGGAGAAGUUCACCAACUACAGCGUGCAAGUCUUGGCCUACACGCAGGCGGGCGAUGGCGUCCGCAGCAACGUGCUCCACAUCCAGACAAAGGAAGACAUUCCUGGCCCCCCUGCUGGGAUCAAAGCAGUCCCUUCCUCUUCCAGCAGCGUGGUGGUGUCUUGGCUCCCACCCACCAAACCCAACGGGGUCAUUCGAAAGUACACCAUCUUCUGCUCCAGCCCGGGCUCUGGUCAGCCGGCACCCAGCGAGUAUGAAACGAGCCCCGAUCAGCUGUUCUACCGUAUUGCGCACCUGAACCGGGGGCAGCAGUACCUGCUGUGGGUGGCAGCUGUCACUUCAGCCGGACGCGGCAACAUCAGCGAGAAGGUCACCAUUGAACCUGCUGGAAAAGCCCCUGCCAAGAUCAUUUCUUUUGGAGGCACGGUCACCACUCCGUGGAUGAAAGAUGUGCGCCUGCCCUGCCAUUCAGUUGGGGAGCCUGCCCCAGCUGUGAAAUGGACUAAAGACAGUGAGGAUUCCGCCAUCCCAGUGACGGUGGACGGGCAUCGGCAGAUCCAACCCAACGGCACUCUGAUCCUGCGCUCGGUGAAAGCAGAGGACUCUGGCUACUACACCUGCACAGCCACCAAUACCUGGGGCUUCGACACCAUCAUUGUCAACUUGCUGGUGCAAGUCCCCCCAGACCAGCCCCGGCUGACCGUAUCGAAGACCUCUGCGUCAUCUAUCACCUUGGCAUGGAUCCCCGGCGACAAUGGCGGCAGCUCCAUCCGAGGCUUUGUUCUCCAGUAUUCAGUGGACAAUAGUGAGGAGUGGAAAGACGUAUUCAUCAGUUCCUCGGAGCGUUCCUUCAAGCUGGAUAACCUGAAAUGUGGGACGUGGUACAAGGUGAAACUGGCAGCCAAGAACAGUGUCGGAGCUGGGCGCAUCAGUGAGAUCAUUGAGGCCAAGACGCAUGGCAGAGAACCCUCCUUCAGCAGGGAGCAUCAUCUCUUCACUCACAUUAACUCUACGCACGCCCGGCUGAACCUGCAGGGCUGGAACAGCGGUGGCUGCCCAAUCCUGGCCAUUGUGCUGGAGUACCGACCCAAGGGCACCUGGGUGUGGCAGAACCUGCGUGCCAACUACUCCAGCGAAGUGUUUCUGACUGAGCUGCGUGAAGCCACCUGGUAUGAGCUGCGUAUGAAGGCCUGUAACAGCGCUGGUUGUGGCAACGAGACUGUGCAGUUUGCCACCCUGGACUACGAUGGGAGUACCAUUCCGCCCAUCAAGUCUGCCCACGGGGAGGGAGACGACGUGAAAAAGCUCUUCACCAUUGCCUGCCCAGUCAUCCUGGCCACGUUGGGGGUCGCACUGCUCUUGGUUGUCCGCAAAAAGCGCAAGGAGAAGCGGCUGAAGCGCUUGAGAGAUGCUAAGAGUUUGGCUGAAAUGCUCAUCAGUAAGAACAACCGCAGUUUCGAUACUCCUGUGAAGGGCCCCCCGCAAGGCCCCCGGCUGCACGUAGACAUCCCUCGCGUCCAGCUCCUCAUCGAGGACAAGGAAGGCAUCAAGCAGAUUGGAGAUGACAAAGCAACCAUCCCUGUGACUGACACGGAGUUCAAUCAGGCUGUGAACCCUCAAAGCUUCUGCACUGGUGUCUCCCUGCACCAUCCGGCGCUAAUUCAGAACACAGGGCCCUUGAUCGACAUGUCUGACAUCCGUCCAGGCACAAACCCGGUUUCCAGGAAAAGUGUGAAGUCAGUGCACAGCACCAGGAACCGAUACUCCAGCCAAUGGACACUCAGCAAGUGUCAGGCGUCUACCCCUGCCCGGACCCUCACCUCUGACUGGAGAACGGUUGGGUCUCAGCACGGUAUCACGGUGACAGAAAGUGACAGCUACAGCGCAAGCCUGUCUCAGGACACGGACAAAGGGCGGAACAGCAUGGUGUCCACAGAGAGUGCCUCCUCCACGUACGAGGAGCUGGCCCGUGCCUACGAGCAUGCCAAGCUGGAGGAGCAGCUGCAGCAUGCCAAGUUCGAGAUCACCGAGUGCUUCAUCUCAGACAGCUCCUCAGACCAGAUGACCACGGGCACCAACGAGAAUGCCGACAGCAUGACUUCCAUGAGCACGCCCUCGGAGCCAGGCAUCUGCCGCUUCACGGCCUCCCCUCCCAAGCCGCAAGACAGUGACCGGGGCAAGAGCGUGGCAGUGCCCAUCCCCCACAGAGCAAACAAGAGUGAUUACUGCAACCUGCCCUUGUAUGUGAAAUCCGAAGCGUUCUUCCGGAAGCCAGACCAUCCUGAACCCUGUCCAGCCGUACCCCCUCGGGAGGCCUCCAUCCGGAACUUGGCUCGGGCCUACCACACGCAAACAAGGCACCUGACUCUGGACUCCAGCAGCAAAGCCUUGGCAGUGCCACACGGGAACGCAGCCACGACCACUUUACCUCAGCGAACUCUCACCAUGUCUGGCUUGGCGAGUGCUGCCACUCCUGCUGCCGCUGCCCCCAUUGCAGCCCCCAUCUCAGGCACAGAACCCGCUCCUGCCCCCAGCGUGGAGCCCCGCCUGCCUCCCAGCACCAAAAUGGGGGGCUCCAGAGACUCACUUCUAGAAAUGAGCACGUCAGGUAUAGGGAGGGCGAAAACUGAGGGCUGCUUGGCACCUGCUCAAAGUCCUACCUGCGCUGAGUGUAGCGAUUGGCCUCAAGCCAACACGGACUUUUGCUCUUUUCCUGCGGUGGCCCCAUAUUGAAAUGAAGAAUAAAUAUCCCACUUGUACAGAAUGGACUUCUUUUUGUAUAAAUAAAACUAUUUUCUGCUUCUCCCAACUUGGGGUGAAAAAAAUCAGCAAAGAGUGCAAAGCAUUUGGAACGCUCUUUCUCAGUGGAGGCUUUGUUCUGAGCAUCAGAUGUCGGACGGGGCACACAAGAAAUGCACUAUGUGCGCUGUCUCCCUCCCUCCCCAACUGAGCCACCCAGAUGUUGGUUUUGAAGAGACUCCUUUGAGACUUGCAUGUUAUUUUAGUUUGGAAAACUUUGGGACUUGCUUCGACUUGCAUCUGCCUCUGUGUGAAUAUCUUUUUCUAUCACCCCCCCAACAACAACAACAACAGCACAGUGUGCAAUAAAGUUAUGUUUCUAUAACA